AUGGGACACUUCUCCUGGCAAUGUGGGAAACAGUCAGAUGAGCCCAUGCCCACUGAGCAGUCCUCCAGUUCUCCAUCCACCCACCUCUUUGCGUCGCUCGUGGGAUACACCGAUAGCAACCCAGAUCGACCCCCCACCUGCCCGGUGACGGUGAACCAUCAGGACGUCGAGGCUCUGCUGGACUCAGGGAUGGCAGACACCCCUGCAGACACAGAGACCGGCACUGACACUGGAGAGGACAGCGUGGCUCUGGGAAGUGCCCCAAGCUCCAACAACGAAGAAGCUAGAGGCACCCAGGAGCUGCCCCCUCUCACCGGCCAGUACGUACUCAACCUUGCUCACAGUCACCCCUUAGGAGCGCACCUAGGGGUUGAGAAGGCAAAAGAAAGAGUUUUGCAGCGGUUCUUUUGGCCAGGGGUUCACAAAGAGAUAGAGAACCACUGCCGUAGUUGCCCUGAAUGUCAAACGAGGGCGCCCAAGCCCUCAUACAGAAGCCCGCUCAUUCCCUUGCCCAUUAUCGAAACCCCAUUUGAGAGAAUUGGCCUAGACAUAGUGGGUCCUCUGCCAAAAAGUUCUAGAGGCCAUCAAUACAUUCUGGUUAUUCUGGACUAUGCCACCCGAUAUCCAGAGGCCAUCCCAUUGAGGAAAGCUACCUCUAGACAAAUAGCGAAGGAACUCUUCUUGCUCUCAACUAGCCUUGGGAUCCCGAAGGAAAUAUUGACCGACCAAGGGACUCCGUUUAUGUCCAGGGUGAUGAAGGAGCUCUGCGCCCUUCUGAAGAUCAAGCAGUUGAGAACAUCCGUCUACCACCCCCAAACAGACGGGCUUGUUGAACGGUUCAACAAAACACUGAAGUCCAUGCUGCGGAAGGCUAUUGCAGAGGAUGGACGCAACUGGGACCAGCUGAUCCCUUACCUGCUCUUUGCAGUGAGAGAGGUACCUCAGUCAUCUACUGGUUUCUCACCCUUUGAGCUCUUACUUUCCUACAGACCCAGAGGACUGCUCGACAUUGCCAAGGAGGCUUGGGAGGAGCAACCCUGCAGACAGCGGACGCUGAUCGAGCAUGUUGGGGCCAUGAAAGAGCGAAUGAGGGCCAUCUACCCCAUCGUACGUGAGCACAUGGAAAGUGCUCAACGUCAACAACAAGCCUCAUACAACCGACCUGCCCAGCCCAGAGAGUUCCAGCCGGGGGACAGGGUACUGGUCCUAGUGCCAACAGUUGAAUGCAAAUUCCUAGCAACCUGGCAAGGUCCAUAUGAGGUAAUCGAACGGGUGGGAGAGGUCAAUUAUAAGGUGAGGCAACCUGAUAAGAGAAAGAAAGAGCAAAUUUACCAUGUCAAUCUGUUAAAAAAAUGGCACGCCCGAGAGGCACUUUUCAGUUGUCUGCCCCCCACAGAGUCCAAAGAACCUGCUCGAGAAGAGGUGCAGGUGGGCCCGGACCUGUCCCCCCAUCAGCGUCAGAUGACCCUGGAACUGGUAGAUCGCAACCGAGACGUCUUCUCCUCCCUCCCCGGACACACAGAGGUGACCCAGCACGAGAUCCGCACCAUACCGGGUCGGACUGUAACCCAGCGUCCCUAUCGUGUGCCGGAGGCUCGGAAAGUGGCCAUCAAGGAGGAGGUAAAGAAGAUGCUAGAACUGGGAGUCAUAGAAGAAUCCCGAAGUGCCUGGGCAAGUCCCAUCGUGCUGGUCCCCAAGCCAGACGGGUCGGUGAGGUUUUGCAAUGAUUAUAGGAAGUUAAAUGAGGUGUCAGAAUUUGAUGCGUAUCCUAUGCCCCGAGUUGAUGAUUUGGUGGACGCCUUAGGCCAGGCGCGCUUUCUAACCACUCUUGAUCUCACCAAAGGCUGUUGGCAGGUACCGCUGACCCCGGGGUCCAAGAAGAAGACUGCCUUUGCCACGCCAGAGGGUCUAUAUCAGUACACUCGGCUCCCAUUCGGCCUCCAUGGAGCACCAGCCACGUUCCAGCGCUUGAUGGAUCGGGUCCUCGCCCCCCACAAGAAGUACGCUGCAGCCUUCCUUGAUGAUGUGGUCAUUCAGAGUCCAGAUUGGGACAGCCACUUAGCCCGGGUGCAAGCUGUACUCAAUUCUCUUAGGGAGGCUGGCCUGACUGCAAACCCCAAGAAAUGUCGACUGGCCUUUGGUGAGACAAACUACCUGGGGUACACUAUAGGCUGUGGUCUGGUCAAGCCCCAAGAAGCCAAGGUGAAAGCCAUACGAGACUGGCCGCGCCCUAUCACCAAGAAGCAGGUGAGAUCGUUUUUGGGCCUAGCCAACUACUACAGACGUUUCAUUGCUAACUUUGCCACCAUAGCUGCUCCCCUGACAGAUUUGACGACAAAACGCCACUCAAGAAUGGUAAAAUGGAACCCGUCGGCGGAGGACGCCUUCGUGGCCCUGAAACAGGCCUUGUGCUCCAGUCCUGUUCUGGUGGCGCCGGACUUCAAGAAGGAAUUCCUGGUGCAGACAGAUGCUUCAGAGGUGGGCCUGGGAGCAGUACUUGCGCAAGUCCAUGAAGGUGAGGAACAUCCGAUUCUUUACCUAAGCCGGAAGUUACUCCCGAGGGAAAAGAACUAUUCUACGGUGGAGAAAGAGUGCCUUGCCAUUACCUGGGCCCUGGAGUCGCUGAGAGCUGGCAAGCGGCACGGCAAUGCAGACGGCCUCUCCCGACGGGAUGCCCUCUUCACCUCCUUCGGCACGACGCGGACGUCGACUCCAAGGGGGGGGAUGUGUGAUGUCACGAGAGGCUGCAUCAUCGAGGGGCGCUACGUCCCCCUGAAAUGGCUCCAGCCACAACCCGCAAUGGCUCCAUCUGGUGGUGGAACAGGAAACUCCACACCUGCACACAGCAUACCUGAACACAGGUGUGGGUGA